AUGUGGGAGGAAGCGAGUGACCCAGUUAUGGGGAAGAAGGAUAAAAAUGAGGAGCGGAAGGAGAGAAUCCUGAAUCUCACACUGGAGAUUAUCUAUCUGCUGACUGGAGAGGGCUACGUCAUCCCUAAGAAGAAGAGCCCAACUGUGGGUUUGGGGGCCCUGCAUGCCCCUGGCUCCGUCAUACAGAAGGAAAAUGACAAGAAGAUCCUGGAACUCAUCUCCAACAUCAUCCAGCUGCUGACUGGAGAGGUUGCCAUAAGGUGUGAGGAUGUUUCCAUCUAUUUUUCCUUGGAGGAGUGGGAGUAUAUAAAAGGAAACAAGGCCCUUUACAGGGAAGGGAUAAAGGAGGAGGAGGAGCCCCAGCAGCUCCGCCCACUGGACGGUGAAUAUGAAGAUAAGAGAGAGAUUCCAGCUGAUCUGGGAGGAACAUUAUGUUAUAAUAAUGAGCCAAGCAAGAUUGGGGCUGAAGGAGCAGAUUUUUGUGCCGACGGAAAUCUCACAAACCCUGAAAUUUCUUUAGUAGAACAGCCCCCACCAGCCAAUGGGAUUAAAGAGAAAGCAGCUUCAUGGGAAAGGGGUAACCAAUCAGAUUGCAGCAUUAAUCCCCUUACAGAACAGAUACAGGGAACAGACAUACCUACUCCUAUCAUGGGGUGCAGCCUGAAUAACAGCUCGGCAGAGGAUAUAAAAGAGGAGGCGGCUUCAUGUGACGAAGAAAACCUUGUUGGUUUAAAAUCAAUACAGGAAACCAAUAUAUCAGCUCCUAUCAUGGGGCGUGGCCUAAAUACCAACUUGUCAGACAGAAAUGUAUCAGAUGGGAUUAAAGAGGAGGUGCCUCCACUGGAAGUGGAAAACCAAUCAGAUUGCAACAUUAAUCCCCUUACAGAACAGAUACAGGGAACAGACACACCCACUCCCAACACAGAGACGUAUAACUGUUCUGAGUGCCAUAAACACUUUAGCACUAAGGCCGGUUUUCUCAAGCACCAGAAAACUCAUAGAAGAGCAAAACCAUUUGUCUGUUCUGUGUGUGAGAAACGUUUUGUGUGUCGCUCAGAUCUUAUUGUACAUCAGAGAAAACACACAGGGGAGAAACCGUUCUCUUGUUCUGAAUGUGGGAAAGGUUUUGCUCGUCGCUCAUACCUCACUGAUCAUUUAAGCGCUCACACAGGGGAGAGGCCGUAUUCUUGCGCUGUGUGUGGGGAGAAGUUUUCAUAUCAAUCAACCUUUAACAGACACUUCCGAAUACACACAGGGGAGAAACCAUUUCCCUGCUCUCAGUGUGGGAAACACUUUACACAUCACGCAGCUCUUAUUGCGCAUCAGAAAAAACACGGAGUGAAAAAGCCGUUCUCUUGUUCCGAAUGUGGGAAAUGUUACGCUCAGCGCUCGAAACUCACCGAGCAUCAAAGAACUCACACAGGGGAGAAACCAUUUUCCUGUUCUGAAUGUGGGGAAAGGUUUGCCUAUCGCUCACUUUUAAUUAGACACAACAAAAUACACACAGAAGGGGGGGAAUCAUUUAUUUGCCCUGAGUGUGGAAGACAUUUUACCUCUCAGGCAGCUCUCACUGGGCAUCAGAAAAGUCACGGAGUGGAGAAACCGUUCUCUUGUACUGAAUGUGGGAAAUGUUUCGCUCAGCGAAUGCAUCUUGUGGAGCAUCAAAGAACUCACACAGGGGAGAAACCAUUCUCCUGUUCUGAAUGUGGGGAAAUGUUUACAUAUCGGGCACAAUUUAAUAAACACAAGAAACUCCACACAGAAGGGAAAACAUUCACCUGCUCUCACUGUGGGGAACAUUUUACGUCUCGCUCAGAUCUCACUGUACAUCGGAAAAGUCACAAAGUGAAGAGACUGCUCCCUUGUAGUGAAUGUGGGAAAUGUUUUAAAUAUCAGUCGCAACUUAUUGUACAUCAGAGAGUCCAUACCGGGGAGAGACCUUAUUCAUGUACCGAAUGUGGGAAAACUUUUAAAGAACUUUCCACCCUCAAAAUUCAUCAGAGAAUUCACUCAAGGGAGAGACCGCUGACAGCUGCCUCGGAGCUGCCUGUACACGGCACGGUUCACGCAGGGGAGAGUCUGUACUCUUGUUCCAAGUGUGGGAAAUCCUUUAAAGAUCGCUACCAUCUUAAAGUGCAUCAGAGAAUCCACACAGGGGAGAAACCAUUCUCCUGUUCUGAAUGCGGCAAGUGUUUCGCCUGGCCCUCGGACCUUAAAGUCCAUCUCAGAGGUCACACCGGGGAGAGGCCCUACACUUGCACGGAGUGUGACAAAUGUUUCACCCGUAUCUCAAGCCUCAACGAACAUCUCAGGGUUCACACGGGAGGGAAACCAUUCACUUGCACUGAAUGUGGGAAAUGUUUUGCACGACGUUCCCUGCUCACUGCACAUUCCCAGUUACACACAGGGGAGGAACCAUUGCCCGACAGUAACUGUACUGAUACACAGUGAGUAACAUACAGUCAUGAGGCUGCCAAAUAACCAUUCCCUUUGGUUCAUGAAUGGCUCAUCUUAAUAAAAUGUUCAUGCUCUUCUGAUGUUUA